UUGUUACUUUUAUUCACUUUAACACCUCUAUGUUGACGCUGGCUUGUUCAGACAAUAAACAUUUUCUCCAAAAGUUAUCGGACUUCUCAAUUAUGGAACAUUUUCUCUUUUUCUUGAAAUAAAAAGCUGAAAAUAAUCAGCACCAGUUUUAAAACUUUAGUCUGUUGAUUAGAAUCACGGGGUUAGGAUACUCAACGCGUUUGCAGGUUUGCGUGAUGUAGCGGGUACGGAAAAUGUUCUACUUGGAAAGGGGUGUAACAGGUCAGUUUUUUGUAACAAGCAAUUACCUCAUUGGUGACAAGCAACUGCCGACCGUCAUCUUCAUACAAAUAAUUUCUUUUUGCUUUUCUUAAAGUCCUGUUUUUCCCUUUUCCACUGGCUGAUAUUUGACUCCUUCGAUCUUUUAGCCAAGCAUAUUUCGUCUUUGGGGAUAUCCAUACCCGUUGGUCUUUGUACAGCCUCGAUUUUUGAAAUGUCAACCUCCUCUUCGCAGCGACAUUGGUAAUAACUCGUCAGGACAGUUCUGGUGUUCCGAAAAUUAUGCCAUGCAAAAGUUUGGUGCUGCUUCUCCAUUUUACAGCAAUGCUUUCCGAAAUUAAUGGACGUCAGAAUUUUGGAAUAGUUAUCGAUACCUCCGAGAACAUGGGUCGAGAGAACUUCAAGCAGUCUAUAGUUUUCAUCGAAAGAUUGGCCCAGCAUAUCAGUAUUUCACUCGGAACGAUCAGAAUUUCAGUCUCAACCGUCGCUGCUGUAAUGGAGUCUCCCAGGCAAAGACAAUGCUUAAGGCUAUACAAGUUCUUGACAACGACGAAUUUAAUGACCGGAAAAUGAAUGUGCUCCUCUUAUUCCUUGGCGAGAAAUGCUUUAAAGAAUGGGCAAAUAUGAAAUUCGCUGGUCAUCAGAGCAAUAAAAAUAUUCUAGUUUUCACGAGCUCAUAUGAUAGAUACUUCACAAAAUGCCUGGCCAAUAAUGUUACUUGCUUGAAUAUCAAUUCAUUUGACUCAAGCAAAACUGCAUUGCAAGCACUAAAUCUGCCUGGAGAUAUAAUUACGCAGUGCAAUGUCACAGGAAAGAUUUUUGACGAGUGUGGGCGACAUUGUGAUUGCGUUAAUGGCACCAUAACAAACUGCUACCGAAUUCGCAAAGAGUUUACUCAAAUGACAAAAAGAGAAAGGCGAAAGUACUUGAAAGCAUACUUCAAGCUUACAACUAAGUUCCCAUUCAAAUACCGAUACGAGAAGUUCAUAUAUAUACACCAGAAAUACUUUUGUUACGGGAUUCACUCAAAGCGUCUCUUUCUGCCUUGGCAUAGGUUUUAUAUCCUUCAAAUGGAAAACCUGUUAAGAGAGAUUGACUGCUCUGUGACACUGCCGUAUUGGGAUUGGAGCUUUGUAGGCAAUGACCCUUGGCAAAGCGAGGGUAUUUGGAGCGAGGGUUCUUACGGCCUUGGAGGCAAUGGCUCAGAAACGAACGGAUUUUGUGUUUCUAGCGGUAUGUUCCAACAUCCUAAAUGGAAAACGCCGUAUUUCAACGACAACCUGGAUAUCGUGCUAAGCACUAUUGACAUCUACGGAGACUUGGAAGAGGAUGAGGUUUUGCCAAAUCUUUCAGAUUGUCUCAGGCGUUAUUUCGAUGGACAUUUGCCAGAUUCUUUACACGUUCAGCGAGCACUAGGCCUUCCUCCGGAGAAUUUCACUGAUUUUGACCUCAAUUUGCGGGUCAAUUAUCAUGAUACCAUACACAAUGCCGUAGGCGGGACAAUGUGCACACAUUACGCGGGGACUGCUCCUGAAUUUUUCCUCCAUCACGCUUUUCUUGACAAAAUCUGGUUUAUGUGGCAGCAGAAAAGCAUUGAACAUAAACACGUCCAUUUUGCCAAAUCAAGACAAAAGUUAGUGGGGUUUUCACAUACCGCUCAUGAAUUGAUAGACUCCCAUAGCCUACCUGGGCACGUUAAAGUCUCAUACACGAAGUUCCCAUACCCGAAGAAACUGAAACGAGACACAGCAAGUGAGGGUGAAUACAGCGAUGAUGUCAAUACUCCAACUGGAGCGAUUUUCAGUGGCAUAGUUCAAACUUCAAGUCGUCAUGUAUUCCCUUCGUGCAAACGCAAAAAAAGUGAAAGACUUAGAGCUGAAUACCUCGAUAAAAUAUUUUCAAGGAGAGGAUAUUGAUUUUCAGAUGUACCCGUGUAAGCAUCUCGCGUGAGUUUGCAAAGGAGUCGCUAGCCAAUGUGCUUCAGAUCCCAUGUGCCAAUAGAAGUAGGUGAGCUAUACUUUAUUUGCAGACAAGUCUGAACAUUGCAACCCAAAAAACUUUCACUUUUGCAACCCAAUUUUUUCCAAGGGGUCGUGUCAUAGUUAGUUUGAGGGAAGUUGUUGGUAAAUUUUGAUUGCCUAGCUUUUUGUCCUCUAGUUUUUUUGGACACCAAUUGUGACUAGAAAUUUUUUCCUUUUAACAAUUUUCUUCUGGCACUCGCUUUGACCAUAAAAGUAAAUAAACAUUGCCGAUAAGACACCUCUACAUGGCAAAAAACUUUCACUUUUGCAACCCAAUUUUUUCCAAGGGGUCGUGUCACAACCCCCCGUGCCCCACUGUAGCGAUGGCCUUGUGUCAAGGUGGGUUUCAAUUUUACUCAAUUGAGUAACUGUUUGAAGAGAGAUUCAACCACGUGCGUAGAUGCAAGAGGAUACAGUUAAGAACUUUUUGGUUCGCAAAGUUUAGAUUAGAAAGAAACAAACUUAAUUAGUUUGUUUCUUUUCAAUAAUUGAAUCAAUUGUUGAAAUUAUUAGGUACAAGAAUGCAGCAGGGUAUUACUCGAGUCUCACGAAACAUGUUUUCAAAGACAAGCUGUAAACUUAUGUAAAUAAACUCUUAUUGGUGUAACCAGUCGUAUUUAAAUAAAAGCUAACCUUUUAUAAGGCACAAUCUUUCAAGUAUAAUUUACAUACCCUAGUAAAAUGACAUGUCUACUGAUAAGUUCUUGUUAACAUUAACUGCCGUUCUAAAUAAAAGGCUCUUGUGCAACCGGCAUGCCUAGCGGUAGCUGUCUUUUUACGCGAGAAGAAAGUGACUGUGUUUUGUAUUUUCAUGCAGUACGAUAUUAGGCCGGUUUGGGAAUUAUAGUCGCAAAGCAGACCGGUUGCGCAGGAGCCUUUAAGCUUAUUUUUAAAUCUCAUUUCUACGCUAAGUGGAAUAAAUAUGCCAUAGUUGAAAUACAUACUAUAUUUUUUAAACAAACACUUAAAUAAUUGUGAUGUAUAACCUUAACUAACAUUCAAACUUAAUACUUAGCGACAAACUAUUUUUGCGAGUCAUAAGAUGAAGAGUUGCCCAUUUUGUUGUUCUAUAACCUUAAUCUUGAGGGAAGUUGUUGGUAAAUUUUGAUUGCCUAGCUUUUUGUCCUCUAGUUUUUUGUACACCAAUUGUGACUAGAAAUUUUUUUUCUUUUAACAAUUUUCUUCUGGCACUUGCUUUGACCAUAAAAGUAAAUGAAUAGAAUAUUAACUCAAGAAAGUUUUAUUGUAAAAUGCCAAGAGCUCAGUAGAGUGAUUUCGUGAUUCAUGAUUUUGUUAUGUACGUGACACUUUUGGAAAACGAUGUAUGCCAAACAGAGGCUUAUAGAUUCUUAAGGGUAAUGAGCUUUUUGAAUUGAAGGUUAAGCAGAGUGAA